AUCUCUGCCCUCUGAUGUAAAUAUGAAUAAUAUAAAUACUUACUCUGAUGUUGCAGCUUCAUAAUUCUAAGAUAUUUACAUGACUUAUCGCGGCUCAUCAGUUUUUAGUCAUGGCAACAGAGGAACUCUUGGCAUCAAUAGAAAUUUAUCAAAACCAGUUGAAGGAGAUUGAAGGGGCACUGUCAUCAGCUGAGGAGGCAGAGAAACAGCAGCUUCAGGAACUUCAGGCAAACCUCUUGCAGCUGCUGGACCUUACUUUGCAGCAGUUGAACCAGCAGUCACAACUAAAAGGGGAGGAGGAGCCUCAACAGCACACUUCAGGCAGUCGAAAUUCAGAUGACUCCAGUCAGUCGGCCUCUGACAAAUCUUCUUCAUCUUGCAGUGAUAAGAAUUUAGAUGAUGAAUUUGCAUUGUUUCAGUCAGAGAUUGCAGACAUUGCAGGUACGGCAGAUGAGGAGGAGAAGGCAGAUUCUAAAUACUCCAAGGCAGAACUGCUGGCUGUAGAGGGAACACACUGCCGUGCCCCUUUUGUUGAGAAGUGGGGCGGCCACACAUAUCAUAAUGCAGUUGUCCUCAGCUUUGUCACACAGGAUGAUGGAGACAUUGACUUGAAUGAACCUGAGGUCCAAGUGCUGUUUAGUCAGCCAACCUGCAGAGAAAUGUUAACUUGUCGUUUUUUCUUGUCUGGAAGAUGCAAAUAUUCAGACGAUAAGUGUCGUUUCUCUCAUGGGAUGAAGGUGCCAUUUUGUGAUAUUAAGGAAUAUAGGGAGCCAGACCUCAGUGGUCUAGACUCUGGGAGCCGUGUCUUGGUACAGCACACAGAUGACCUCUGGACAAAUGCCACCGUGCAGGAUAUACUGGAGGAUAGAUCAGCCUUUUGUGUGAAAUUGGACCAUAGUAAAGCAGUGGCUGAAGUAAAACCCAACCAGAUUAUUCCCCUUCACCAUGAAGAAGAUGACACUGAGAAAUAUGAAGCUGACAGUCCUAGUGAGGAAGACAGCAGUGAUGAUGAAAGAACAGUGUUUGUCCCAACAACAAACUGGUUACAGAAUUCAUUUUCACAGCGACUUGGCGAGUGGGAAAAGCAUACUAAUGGCAUUGCUUCGAAACUGAUGGCCAAAAUGGGCUAUGUUAUAGGGACAGGCUUGGGCCCAACAGGUGAAGGACGAGUAGAACCUGUUUCUGCAUAUGUUUAUCCUCAGGGAGUUUCUCUUGAUCGUUGUAUGGAGCUUCGUGAGGCUUCAAAUGGUGAAGAGAUGCUGCAGGUGGAGAAGCGAUUAGACAGACAACGCAGGAUUGAAGAAGCGAAGUCUGUACAGGCAGCCGAGAGACUACGAGCCAGGACAUCUGUUUUUGAUAUCAUAAAUAAGAAAUUAGGGAGCAAAGGACAAGAAACAGAUGACAGUGAAGCAGUCCCAAAGCAACGUUUGAAUGUCUGUAAGACAGUCCUUCAGAAAGACACUAACAAGGACCUAAACCGAAAGAAUUACCAAUUAAGUGAGAACAUUCGUCAACUGCAAAGAGAGAUUACCAAGUUGGAGGGAUCACGAGAUCGUCAGAGUGGAAACAAAACAGCUGCAGACAUCAUUAGCACCAAAAUAUUGGCCAAGAAAGCAGAACUACAGCGAGCACAGGAUGCAGAGCGAAAGGUCCAAGGGGAGCAGCAAAGCAGAAGAGAUGCUAAGAAAUUUAGUGUGUUCUAAAAGGGUUAUUGUUCAUGUUAGAAUCAACUCACCUCAUAUGUAUAUAUUUUCAUGAAUAUGAAUUUGCAGAAUGUUUUUAAUUGCGGUCCUAUCUGGAUUAUCAUUAUUACUAUUUAUUAUUACAAAGGUUUUCAUUAUUGUUGUCACAUGUUACGUCUGUAGUAUUUACCUCAUGCUUUAUGUUAAAGAUAGAUAUAAGACAAUUGUAAGCAACUAUGAAAUACAUAUACAAUAUAAUGAUAAUGACAAUAAAUCUUUUUUA